CGAGUCGGGGUGGUCCGUUCGGGGGGCUGCAGCCACCUCCCUCGCCCCACGGGCUCUGCGAAGGGGCAGGAGAGGGCGGGAAUUUGCUAGGAGAGUGCAAGAAAUUAGGGUGCAAGGGGAGUAUGGAAAGUGCAAAGAAAUGGCAAGGAGUAAGCAAGAAGUGUCCGAGAAGUGUGCAAGGAGAGCACAACUAAAUGGCAAGGAGGAUGCAAGAAAGCUGUGAGGGGAGUGCAAGGAGGGUGCAAAGAAUUGGCAAGAGGGCUGCACAGGGGGUGCGAAGAGGGUGCGAGAAGAUUGCCCGGAGGACGCAGGGAAGCUGGCAGGCGGGUCUCCGUGGGGCCGGCUCUGGGACGGGGUCCCGCGGGUGCCCCGCCGCCCCGGGCAGUGUUGGCGGCGGGAGGAGGCACCCAGCACCCGGCGCUCCGCUCGCUCCCGCCCGGCUGCCCCCCGGGUGGCCGCCCGGCCCGCGGGGCUUUCACCGCUGUGCACAGCGUGCGGCCGGAGCGGCCGCGGAGGAGCCAGGGCAGCGGCCCCAGGCUGCCCUGCACUACCUACUGCCGUUUCCCUCGGAGGGGACGGCCGGCGAGAGCCCCAGAGAUGCUGCCGAGCUUGUGGGGUCGGGGGACUGCCCCAUCGCCGAGGGGCUCCCCUGAAGCCUUUCCCGUGCCCUGCCACCACCACCCCCCCCUCCCCCCCCCCCCCCCCCCCCCCCAACUUUGAACGGCGUGUGGAGAUGCCAGAAGGGCUGGAGGUCUGGUGCUGAACUGUCCAGGGCAGUGCUGGGUUGGGACUCUGCCUUUGCCUCCCACCCGAGGCUCCCCGAAUGGUCAGGGUCGCUGUCCGUGCGCCCCCCGCCCCGAAACCCUGUCGGGCUUCCCCUGUGCCGUUGCAGCUUGCUCCUGUCCGGAGCAUGGAGCACGGUGAGCGCUGGAGCUGAGUUUAGAUCCGGGAAGGGCUCAGAGCUGAUUCUCCGUGGCUUUUCACAGUGAAUUGGGAAUUAUCGCUGGGAGGAUCCAGCACCUGCCCCAGCAAGGGACAACUUUGCAAGUAGUUGCCAGCUCCCGGGACAGGCCACCGAGUCCAGCUACACAGACAGACCCUCGGAGCAGUGCAGGCUGCAUCUUUGCAGCUCCCUUUCAGAAAGGCAUCUUUCAACCCCACAGUUCUUGGAGCAGUUUCAGAAGAAAAGGUUCUGGCUUAGGAGACCAUAUGGGAGAACAAAGACAACUGUGCUGUGAAAAAAAGCAAAAUUAUUUCUGUUUACAAGUAGCAGAGCCUGAGGGAGGCUUCUUAUCCCUGGACAGAGUAUUUUCCUAGGAAAUGCAAGGGAGACCCUUGGUUGAGACUUUGCACCCCUGAACAGAAGGGGCAGGUGAAAGGAGGGUUGGGAGGGUGCCCCCAAGGCCCCCAUGCAGUCUGGACACUGGAAAUCCAGACACCUGGGUUUCCUGCUACUAGGUUCCUUUCUACCACUUAAUUUACUCAUCUGAGGUUUUGGGCAGCAAAAUAUCAUACCAACUUGCCUCUCCAGCUCAGGGCUUAGUUCAGUGUUCAUUGCAAAAGAAUCGUGUAGUGACAGCUAUUGGACGUCAUUUGCAUUAAGUGUAAAGGACCAGACUACAGGAAGAAAUGUCUAAAGCAUGGUACUUCUAUAGGGUUACUUUUCUGUUCUCCUUACGUGGGCUCUUUGUCAUAUAUUGUUCCCCUAAGAUAUGGCUGAACAGGUUGAGAAAUAUGUAUUCUCCUUCUAUAUGUACUUUAUUAGCUCCAGUUGCUCUGCUGAGAGAUGUGUUAUACUGCAUUACGUAAGAUUACUCACAAGUCAAAUUAGAAUAAUUCUUUCUUAAAUCCUCAUACAUUUUAUUUUAGUCUGAUCUAAUUUAAACCCUGUGCUUCUUCCAUCUGAUGUCAGUGAGAAAAUUUCCAUUGAUUUCACUAAGAACAGAAGCUGGACCUUAAAACAUAUAUUUAAAUAGCAAAGUGAGAUCCACAGCUCAUUAAAAUCAAAGCAAGGUUUACCAGUGACUUCACUGUGAGCAAGACUGGCAUCCCCUAUUUUGCAUAAACCGAACAUCAGCAUGAGCAUGACACCAGUGCAUACUUAGUUGAAAAAGCACUUUAGGUAGGUAACUGGAUCUGAUUUUGGAGUCUCCUCCAGAAAAGAAUCACUCAUUCCUGGAAAUGUCCCCAGAGACUUGCUGAGUUUUACCUAAGCUUUCAUUAAAGUCUUUACAUUCCAGUAACACCACGCUGAUAUUUUUCAUGUGUAGCUUCUCCUACGUGGUUUUAACAUAAAAGAUCUAUUCUUGCUUUCAAUGUUUAUUUUUAAAUUUGAAAAUUACAGUGUUGAGGUAAGAUAAGAUCAGCAGUUGCAUUCAAUUAUGAGAUUAGGAAGAGAAUCCCAUAAAUAAUAGUACAUUCAAUAUAUAUAUAUGUCUGUGUAUUUACACAUACAUAUAUAUGUACUUACUAUUAAAUUAACAUCAUUGUCUUUGGUUCAAAUAUUUUUGGGGGCAAUGUUUACUUUAGUUAAUUUAUUUUUACCAGGUUGGUGGUUUUUAUUUAUUUCUCAAGCUGGCCAAAAAAUCAACAACUAAUGUAUUAUGCUGGAUCAUGUGAUAUGACUCUAUUUGUUCUUUUGAUAAUGAUAGGUUAGCCGUGUUUCAAAGUAUAUGGAUAUAGAUAAAAACAGGGCUGAGAUGUAAAAAAAGCACAAGUGAAAAAAAUAUCGUGUGGUUUCUAUAUUUUCCCCACAAGCACAAAUUGUUGAGUAAGGAGAUUUUCAAAACCCAGAAAUUGCUGUGAAGAAAACCAAAGCUGGAAUUCAAUGCUAGGGAAGGCUGCAUCUGGCAGAACAAAGUUUGGAAAGAGAUUUUGCUUUCAAUGGGAUCCUGUGUUUCCCCACAACAUAGCAUAUGUCAUCUAUAAAGACAACGCUUUCAUGGAUGAGAUGCAAUCACUGCUAAAAUCAACCUCAAAAUUAGGGAGCACCUAUACAAUGCUGUUACACAAUUGCUGAGGAAGAUAAAGCUAUGAAAAAAGAUAAUUCCUAACUUCACUUUAAGAUGGUGUAUCUCAGAGAAACAAUACCAAGAAACUGACAGUGAGAACACGAGAAUUUUAAUGUGUAACCCUUCUUCUGUAGCCUAAGAGUGCUGCCAGAAACUGAUAAUGUGUUUGAUAGAACAGCUCCUUCUCUACCCAGUUUAAAUUGUCUAAGAUUUGAGGGGUUAGUAGUCUGUAAUCUGUGGGGUUUUUUUUUCUUUAAAGAGUAAAAAGGCCUCGUGCUCUAAAAUGCAAAAAUUAGGAAAGUUCUGUUUCCGUGUAUUAGGAAAGAAACUCUGAUGUCUAUUUGAAAUGCCAAAGCUCUGGAAUGUUAAGUGGUAAGAGGGUCAAAAUCCGUCAUUAUUUUUGAGUUUUAGAUGGUGUGAUAAUCAUGUCUUUCACGCUAUGUUUUCUCAUUUUCAUUGAAUAGCUUAUUAAAUCAUCAUGGUUUGAAUUCAGCUGAAACUGAAAAUUCUGCAAUGAAGAUCAUCUCCUGUGGCACUGUCAGACAUUUGGAUCAGUGCAACAACAGCUCUCGACUUACAACUGGUGUGAUGGUACAUAAAUCAGCAGGAGAGGUCUCACCACUGAGUGUUUGAAGAGAUUUGCUUGAGUUUAGUUUUUAAAAUAAUGGUUUAAACCUGAGUGUAUCUAUUUGGUCAAGCACUGAAAAAGUCCCCUAUGGUUUCUACUGGGUUAAUAGAAACUUUGACAAACGUGACAUUUUGGACGUGUCUAAGUGAAAGACAGAUCUUUGGAAGCAGGCUUUCAGCCUGUACUCUGAGAUCAAUGUAUAUACCAAGCUCCCCACUGAGACAAUUGGAUUCACCUUGUUCGCACUUACUAAAUCCACAAGUGCUGGACACUGGCAGGUUAUGGCUUUUAAGUGUCUCUUCUCCCCUGUUGAUACAAAAACACAACGACACGUUAUUUUUAAAGCUUUUCAGAGAAAAAAAAAAUUCUUACCAGUUAGACUCCCUGGAAAAGGCAGAUGAAAAUACAAAUGACAGCUAAGAUUUCCUACAGAAAAACUCCUAAGUUUUGUUAGUUUUGAGUAGCACAAGUCCCAUUAUUAGAUUAUGCAGCACGUAGGUUGAAUGUCAACUUUGAUUUUAGCAUCUGUCGGCAGUGUUUAAGAGAACUGGAACACAUCAAAACUUGGCUAAUGUUGACAGGCAAAACAGUAGACUGAAAUUUCAGGCUAUCUAGAAACCACACCCAGACCCCAAAACACAUGUUAGAAGUAACUUUAAUUCUGUGCCUCAGCUGAACAAGUAACCUUUUUCUGUGGUCAGUUGUGAUUCUAAGUUAAACAUGUGUGCUUAUUUCUGGUGUGGGCCAUGUAUCAAUUUACCACCUUUCUGCAGAGCCUUUUUACUGAGGAUACCUUCCGCUGUGACUGCUUUUGAACACUGUUCUCAUCCUUGGCUUUGCAGAAGCCAAGUAGCCUCAGACUAUUAGAUCCUUUUAGAUCCUAUUAGAUCCUAUUUUUAUUACUGUAAACAGUAUCCUUGCAGCAGCACCAAGAAUCCUGUUGUGUUAGGUGCUAAAUAAGGAGAGAACAAAAGGAUCCUUCUUGCUUUAGUGGGUUUUCUAGUUUCCUGGACUUAGAUUUUCAACAAUGAGUUGACAUUGCAGGGACUGACUGGGAUUCCCAGCUGUGCCCAGCAGUUUAGUACUUAUUGCAGUUGCUUAUGUCUUUACAGACGUAAACGCUUUUGUGUAUCCAUCCCAUAUUUCCAGACCCAUGGAGGCCAGGCAGUGAUUUUGAUGAGCAGGAUGGUGAACAAUGUGCUUACACAGGAGAGCAGCUGUUUCCCGUGGGAGCAGAGAACUGGGACAGGUCCAUGGCAGUGGGAGACUGAAAGGCCACUCAGAGUCUCCCGCCGACUCCCUGCCAAGAGCAGGUUAUUCCCUGCUGUACUAAUGCUUUGUUCGAUCCCUCAAAAUCCUGCCAAGCAAGUGGACUUGCACUGCCUACUAGAUUGUGCCUCAAGAAGUUCACCCUGCUAUAGAAGCCACAUUUUUUCCUCUCUUCAUUCACUCCCAACAGAACCUCUUUAUUCACUGCAAGGAAUUCCUUCCUUUCCUUGGUGUUUAUGCUUUGUGAAUAUUUAUUGGCUGUUAUCAUGCCCAUCUUGCCUCAGUCGUCACUACCAGGCUACAUAUACUCUGCUCUUUUAAUCUUGCUUUUAACUCAAUCCCGCCCACCCCCUAAUCAUUUUUUGUUGUUCUACUCUCAGUUCCCGCCAGUUCCAGUUGCUCAUUUUGCUUUGGGUAAAUGCUAUAUUUAUGUUAACGUUAUGUGGUGGGUGGUCCUCUCUGCGCUCAUGGUCCAUAUGAGUGAUUUAGACAUCUGAAAUGAGGUUGGCAUUUUAUAGCCAAACCAUGGCCUGAUUACUGGUUCUGCUCUUCAAAGCACUCCAGGAAAAAAUAUGCUUAGCCAUCACUAUUAAAAAUGGCCACGAUAGUCACUAAUAAAGUAUCUGUGCAGAGGUUUGAGGGACUUGCCAGAAACUGCAUGGGUGCUCUAUACAUUCAAAAUGACAGUGUGGCAUUAAUUUCAAAACCAUGUGCUGUAUUUUCUAAUGAGUUUCCAGCUCAUCUAAAUUAAGGAAGAUAGAUGUAAUUUUUCCCAUUUGGUAAGAAUAUGCAUUCCAGUUAGAAUUUAACUGAGUCACAAUAGUACCCCUAGGGUAUGGUUCAGCCUUGGGCUGAGUUGGUUUGCUUUCCUUUUGAAAGGAAAUGCUUUCCCCCAGGUGUUCUCACUAAUGUCUCACCAUCUAGGCCUAGAGGAUUAGGGAUCAUCUCACUAUGGUCUCACCUGCCUCACCAAAUUAAAAUUUAAACUUUCACCAGUGUUCAAGGAGAAAAGCUCUAGUAUCACCCUUCUUUCCUUCGGUUUCUUUUGUUAUUUGGUUAUAUAUUUCUCUGUGCCAAACUUAUGUGGCUGUUUAACAUAAGAUCAGAGUUUAACACAAGUCAUGAUGUGUUAGUGUAGCCUGGACCUAUUUGGUUUUUCCAGUGCUUGCUGAAAAAAUAAGGCACAUAGCAAUUAUCCCAUUAGUUCUUACCUCUCCUGAUUAACUAUCCCUCUCCCUCCAGACUCUGUCCUGUAGGUCUGAUGGAGGCAGUGAGUUGUUGCUGGGGAGCCCUGUGAUUUCUCUGCUUUUUUGGCUCACAGCGGGACCCUGUUCCCAGCACUGUUGUCCGCUCCUCAGGACCCCCCAGCUGGACUGCCCAGUGCAGGGCUGGCAGCAGGACAGGGCUCUCAGCUAAGGACCAGUUACCGGUGAGCUGACCACAAUGGUUUGGCCAACUGGGGCCAUCAGGCCAUAUGGAAUUGCUCAGCUGUUCUCCAGUAAUCUUUUGACAUUGACCAGUUUAGAUGUGGAGAAAGCAUAUGACUCCUCUUUCUGAGUCUGCGCAAUAUAUUCUCGGGGUGGGAGGGAGAAACAUGAAGUGAAAUGGCUCGUGUAUUGUAUCUGUCAGGACAGCCAGUAUGUGGUGAGUAAAGCUCUGUUGUGUAACUGAAAAGCGUGGCGUUUUGAUUAACAUUAACUGUAGGAGAUCUCUUGGGAAGAUGUACUCACAUCUGCCUCUAGUGCUUUUAUUUGUCAUCACAAAUCAUCUAGGCCAACUCUUACAUGUCUUGCUUAGUUCAUUCCAUCUGAGAAUAUCCCACUUCUCCUUUGUAUCCCUUCGUUCUCCAAAUGGAGUGUUUACUGUCAGUUUAUGGGGGAGCAUUUUCUGAAUAAGGUGAUGAUGCUGUGUUGGUACAGUCAUGGGAUCUUUCCUGUUUACAGACUCCACUGAAAAUGGGAUCGAACCCUGCAGUCCUAUUUAAAUGGUCGGCCUGGUUUUCUUCUUUGGGGGUAAACAGCCAGAGAGGGCAGUUUAAGAAGCCAUUUUAUUUAAAUAUAGUUUAUACUGAAGAAGAUCUUUGUGGUACAGGAGAGAGUACCUUCUCCCUUCUUCUCUUCCCUACCACAAAUCCUAUCUGUCUUGACAUCUAUCGCUGGACGUGACACUUAAAGGAGAAGUAAAUGAUUCCGUGAUUCCGAGAGCAAAUUAUUUACUUCUCUGGCACUUUAAAAUCCUCCAGUCAACUCACCAUGAGUGCUUUGCUAUUUUGACUGUGGACAUGGGACAAAUUAGGCAAUGAUCACAGCCUCAGAAUAAAGCUAGACUACAGCCACAGAAUACAGUGUCUGAACCUAUUUUCCAAUGUUUUUAAAGUAUGUGGUGAAAGUAUGUUUUGAAAAUUUCUCUAAAAUCCUGAGCUGCUUGGCAAUUUUGAGUCGGCUGAGUUUCCUCUUAGGAUCUGCAGAAUGUCAUACAUGAUUAUGCUCUGUUAUGCACAGGAAACUCAAGGUGAUGCUCUGUAGUGAUAGCUGACAUGUAAACACAUUUAUUGUGCCAUCCUUAGAAGAAAACAUGUAGUGAAUUCAAAGCAUUUUGCAAAUAGCAUGAACUGAGCAUCAGGCUGUUGAAACAGCUAUGUGUAAUUAUGCAUGUUUUUAUACAUGUUUUACAGACAAAUAAGAGAAAAUAUGAAUAAUAGAAAUACUUUUCCAGAAGCCAAACAGUACUCCAGUGAAAGCACUGGCAUCUUCUCUCAACCACUUGACCACAUUCUGGCUUCAGUUCAGGGAGGCAUUACUAAUCAGGAAAAAUGCUCAUGCACUGGCUUAAUUUCAAGCACAUGCUUAAGUUUCACUGAAACCAAUUAGACUUAAGCAUGUGCUUAAGUCCUGUCCUGAACUGGGUUCAGUUUGCAGUCAGGCAAAAUGCAAAGUUCUACUGUGAUAGUUUUCCACUCCCGAUGGGUUAUAUUUAAGUUUUAUAACUUUAUAGUACUAUAAUAUAAAAUGUAUCUCUUCCCACAAAUUGUUCUCUUGGGAAUGACUUAUUCUGAGUGAAUUAAAAGCACCACUAACUUGUAUUAGUGCAAGUUAAUGCAAGAAAAAUUGAUUUGCUAAAUACAGUUUUUUUCUUUGCUUUUAAAAGAGUGCUUACUCUUUUAGUGGCUGACCCAAAAUCCAUUCUGCAUGCUCUCAGGAGAGAAAAAUGCUAAAGAAACACUGUUUUGCUCUGUUAAUGAAAUCUGUGUGGAUAAGUAUAAUUUGCUUAUGCAGAAUAUAUUGAUACAUUUCUUACCAUCCAUUUCAUCUCACUCUGAACAUUCCUUAGAAAAUAUCAAAGAUUUUAUGUCUUCUCUAAAUGAAGAAAUGUGUAAUGCUCCAUGACUUCAGGCACUGAUCUUAUCCCUGUAAAUGGGUGACUAACUGAAACAUUAGAAUUAUAAAUGGGAAUAAUAAAUUCUGGCCAUAGGAGGCAAUAACAUAUAACAGAUUAAGCAGUGUAGUUUUGGAGAAGAGUUGAUCUACAGUAACUAAUUUGGUGCAAACUGUAAUGCAUGCAUUUUCUCCUCCAUUUAUAAAGAAACAGAUGUGUGACUCAACUUUGCUUUUUUCCAAAGUAAUCUGCUUGGAGGAACACAAACAAGAUUUGUUUCCAACAAGGCAUAUUACAGUCUUUCUCUUGUGGUUGGUAUUUUUUUCCUUUAAAUGUAAGAAGUGGAUCUGAAUCUAGAGCAUACAGCAGUUAUGUAGCACAAGCCCAUUGGCAUGCAGGCUCCUGUUUUCGGGCUUGGCCAUUGCCUAGGAAUCUUUCAUCUUAAUUUUACCAACAAUUUACUUUGAGGAGAAUUUCCAGUGCUGUCUUUCUAUCAUUUGAUGCCAUGGGUCUGAUUUUUCUGAAAGUCAUUUAUACAAAAGAGAGUAUGGAAUAGUUGUUCAGUGAUUGCUGCUGCUGUUGGCUUUAUCCAGUUUCUGCUGAUUGCAGUGAUCAGCUGCCGUUCCCGGUUACCAGCUUUCCUAAUUGCCUGAGUGCUUGUACAGCCACAUUGCUCGGAGACUUUGGGCCAGUACUUUGGAUGCGGCACACACCGGAAAGCUGGAAAAAGAUACUGUUUUGUCUAGCUGCUGUACUGAGGAGCUCUCUGGAAACGCUUGUGGUUAAUCGAUACAGGCACACGUGGUAAUGAGUGAGUGGCAGAGAUCACAGGGACUUUUUUAGAUUUUUCCUAUGAAUGAGUAUUUUUGUCUUGAGCAUGAAUUGUGAAUAAUUCCUUCCUCCUACCCAAGAACUAUAUAAAGCAGUUAAUUUGUGUCUCUCUUAAGAUGAAGAGAGGAGCUGCUCUGAUGUGCUUCACCAGGGGCUGAGGAACAGUGACAUAUGAGUGACAGCUACUUUGCACUGCUCUUGGAAUAGAGAUGUGCCCUAACUACAGAUUCUAGGUCUGGAAUUGAACUUUUCCAGCUUGAAAGCAUGUUUGGAUCUGGUGGGGCUGAGCUGGAGUAUUUGAGAGAGAAAAGCAGCCACAAAAUUUGGACAGAAGCCAAUAGCUUUUGGUUUGAGGAUGCAUCCAGUUUGGAGUCUUGUGUACAGUUAAGUAAGGCAAAAUCCUUAGGAAUUCCCAUCCUGUCAAAUAUUUACAUUCUAGAGGCUUCCCCCCCCCCCCCGAGUUUGAUCCUGAUAUAAAAAGUCCCUUUUCUGUUGAAUGUGUCAAAAUGUAGUGAUUGCAUUGCCAAAGUGACUGUGCUCUCAAACAAUGCAGACUUUCAGCGUUUCAGCCAAAAGUAGCACUGAGGGUUCAGUCAAAUAUUGAAGCUCUUGCUGCAAUAAACACACAGAGUGCAGUUAGUGGCUUGAGAGUGGGGCUAUAUUCUGUGCUGUUAUUUUGGUAUAGCUCUAGACUACACUGAUACCUAUAGAGUCUUUCUAUGGUUAUGAGCAAGAGCAAAUCUGACCCUUGUAAUCUGUUACUUCUAAUACAAAUACAGUAAUUUUUGAGGUUACUGUAUUCUCCAGGAUAAUUAUUUCAUGUUUGUUUUAAGUGUAAUUCAGUUUGGACUGUCCUUGUACUGAUGGCUCUCCAAAAGCUUUGGCAGUAAUUAGGCCUCUUGAUAGGGCAGUCAGAUGAAACUUGGCAUGUUCUGCAGGUGAGUAAAAGAAGACCUGCGAGGAAGAAGCACCUAGGAAUGAUUUGCCUGAGGCCACAGAGCAAAUAGUGGGAGACCUGGGAUGAGGACGCAGAGCCCUGACUCCUGAUGGACUCUAUUAAAUGGGCACCCAUGGGGCAGCCCGCAUGCAUGCUGCAGCUGCCAAAUUAAAGGUUUAACUAAUAGCAAUGGGGUUUGUCAUCUACUCUUUUCCCAUUUUCAUAUGAAGACUCACAGGAGCUGCUUUUUAGGAAGCACUAGUGCAGCAGUUGUGAAGGACCUGGCUAUGCCUGUUUGCCAUGUCCAGCCCUUAAAGAUAAUAAAAACCGUGCAAUUGUGAGUCUGCUCCAAAAAGAGCCCGUAACACUAAUAAUGUGUCUUUCCAGCUAGUUUAUGCACUCCAGUGCAUAGUGAGGUAACAGAAAAUCCAAGGCUGGUUUCACUGGCCUUUGGGUAGGUAGGCUGCUUCUGUUACUGCUCUCCUGCUUCACUGGGGGCUUCACUUUCCAUGUGUUUAUUCCCUUUGUGGUAGUUUCAGGGUUUGCAUGCUUACAUCUAUACAAAUACGUUUCAAGGACUCUGUUGCUGUGACGUGUAAAACCUUUGCAAAUGGCGGCACCAUAGUGAAGUGACUGAAUUUGUCCAUCAGACUUAAGUUAUAUAUUACUAGGUUAGUCAUAAAAUACUGUUUGAGUGGAAAUCUCUCUGCUUUGCCACAUGUUCAGGAGCCUCUGACCCGUACAGCAGACGUUUAAUUACCGAGUUCCCAUUUGACUUGGUCUGGGGCUUAUACGCAUGGCAAACUUGGAUGCGGAAGAUUUGUAACAAGGAUUUAACGCUCUGUGUGUGUGUAUGAUGUGUUGAUGCCAGGGAUGAGAGGCUCCUGUCUCGGAAUAAAUCGUCUGUGGGAGUCGGAGGAGUCUCUCUGGUAGACCCCGGCUGUGAAUCUCACCCUGAGUAUUUAUAUUUGUGUUUUACCCUGACCUUGUGAGCCAGGGAAUUCUGCUGGUGUCGCUCAGCAGCUCGUGGUCUUGCCCGUGGCUUGCAGCAGAUCCGUAUGCGCUACCUUCGUCUGCAAACACUUCUUGCUGGGAGGGUGGUGGCACUCUCCGAGCUGGGCUUGGGCCUUUCACAGUCUCCCCUGUCACUUCUCUCACAUGCUGCCAGAUGGUUUGGGUUUCUCAUCCCAGGGAAGGGUCUGGUUUAGGCAAAUCUCCCCCUAAGGCAAAGACUGCAGGGUGGUUAGGUUAUAUAGAAGUACCUGUGUGGCACACAGGGACUAAUGAGCAGUUUUGACUCUGUAUCUUGUGCUCCUUGACUGAGGCACAGGGUGUGCAAACGUUUAGCGUCCUCACUCUGUGGAAAGGUAAUAAAUACAUGUUAGACCUUUCUUUCCAGCUGAUAGGCAGGCUGGAAAGCAACCUGUGUCCUAACCAUUGGUAUGUAGUGAAUAAAAGUUGUCUUGAAAAUUUCCAGCACACUACUAGGGCAAAAUGCAAAGUACAGCUCGAGCGAGCGCAGCCCGGCUGGGCUCAUAAACCCGCUGCAGUCCUGGGCUGGGCUGAACCCACUGAGCCAGGCUGUGCCGUGCCGUGCCGCGCCUCAGAAAACCGGUGGGGCUUCAGGAUGAGCUUCACUGAGGGCUCAUGUCAUGGAGGUAUGAAGAGCUGAACCCCGGGUUUCUUACUGAAGGCAACUCACUCACCCUGAGUGCAACAGAAGUUUGCUUAAGAGUGAAUAAUAUAUAGGAAUAUAUGUACAUAUAUAUGUAUGCAUGCGAAGGUCUUCAGGAUUUAGCUGAGUGUUCACACAUUCCCUAAGCCAAUAACAUCCGUUGUUAUGGGAAAUGAGGUAAGUGACAGAAUUACUGUCCUUAUGGCAGGCGACAGGCGAGUCUAAUGUUCCCAUGCUGUAAUUCCCUGUUCCAGUUACCGCUUCAACAAUAGCUUGAGAGGGAGAGAACACGAACAAAGAGCGCUCAGUUUUAUGUGAACAUUUAAUCUGAAAAAUAGUUGGAUUCAAAUGAAACUCAAGUUGGAAAACAGUAAAAUGAAAGAAUCAGUGUCCUUAACCAAGAGCCUGCCGCUUCGCGAGCCCGUUGGGGCUUUCCCUCUCGAGCGGGCCCUUCUCGGGAGCGCGGCCCGAGGAGCUUCUGGGCGCUGGCGCUGGCAGCGGUUCCGUGCCCGGGCGGCGGGCGGGGAGCGCCGGGCAGGGGCCGAGCUGCGCCUGCCGGUACCCGCCGGUACCCGCCCGCCCCAGCCCCUGCCCCGCCGUGUGCGGCGCGUACCCCGGCCAGGGCCCCGCCACCGAGCCCCGCGGCCGCUGCGGGGGUGGCUGCGGGGGGCGCGGGUGGGGGUGGGGCGGGCGCAGGCCCCGCGCUGCCCCGCGGUGCUGACUGCCCCUCUCUCCCCCCGCGCAGCCUGCGCGGCCGCGGAGCCACCGCUGCGCUGGGAGCCGCGGUGCCGGCAGCAGCUCCGCCACCUGCAGGACGGCGCCAGGAUCGCGGCGCGGCUGCCGCCCCGCCUGGAGGGGCGAUGGGUCUCCACCGGGUGCGAGGUGCGGCCGGGACCCGAGUUCCUCACCCGAUCCUACCUCUUCUACGCCAACCGCCUCUUCAAGGCUUACCAGUUCUACUACUGGGACCCCUCCUGCCGCGACCCCUCCUACUCGCUGGUCAUCAAGGGCAAGCUUCGGCUGCGCCAGGCCUCCUGGAUCACCCGUGGGGCCACCGAGGCUGACUACCACCUCCACAAAGUCGGCAUCGUUUUCCACAGCCAGAAAGCCAUGCGGGAGGUGGCCGCCUGGAUCAACCAGACGUCGGGCGAGGGCUGCAGCGGGUUCCUGCCCCCGGGGCGCACCUGGGCUCCCGGAGCCCUCUACGAACUGCUGAGUGCCAAGACUGAGCGUGACUGCACUGCCGCCUUGGGCUUCGCCAUGCACGAGCUCAGCCUGGUGCGGGUGGAGAAGCAUUACCAGCCCUUGCUGCAGCCACAGCAGAGCGGGAGCCGGCUGGUGGAGGAGCUGUACCUGGGGGACAUUCACACGGAGUGGGUGGAGAGGCUCCACUACCGACCGACUGGUUAUCAGCAACCUAUGCAGAGUGCCGUGCAUCACGUGCACCCUUGCCCGGUCUGUGGGAUUAUAUACAGAGCUGAUGAGCACCACCCACCCAUACUACCUGUCAGAGCUCAGCUGCCCAUGCAGCUCAGCGGCAGCUGGGUGAGCACCCACUGUGAGGUCCGACCUGCGGUACUUUUCCUUACCAGGUACUUCAUAUUCCAUGGUAACAACCACACCUGGGAAGGUUAUUACUAUCACUACUCCGACCCACUCUGCAAACAGCCAACUUUCACCAUCUACGCAUCUGGGCAUUACACGCAAGGUAUCCCCUCCUCCAAAGUGAGAGGUGGCACAGAGCUGGCUUUUAAAGUCACCCAGGCUCAGGUGACGCCCAUGGACCAGGUGACGGUGAUGAUGCUGAACUCCUCAGAACCUGGAAGCUGUGGGCUGACAAGCUCCUGGAGCGCUGGCGUGGAGCAGGAUAUAACACCCACAAAUGGGUGUCUGGCUUUGGGCAUCAAGCUGCCCCACACAGAGUACGAACUUUUCAAAACAGAGCAAGACAUGAAAGACCGCAGCCUGCUGUACAUUGGCGAAAGGCCCACGGACGGAUCCAGUCCCGACAGUCCAGACAAGCGACCCACGUCGUAUCAGGCACCUCUGGUUCGGUGUGCUGGAGCGUCAGAGGAAUUCUCUAACUAUGUUAGUCUAAAAUACUUGGGAAAAAAGGAUGCUAAUGGGAGCGAAGCACUAAAACCUUUGCCUGUGGCCUUUUUAUCAUUUAUAGCACUUCUGUUUUUAAGAUAGGACUAAUUAUCUAUUCAGGUACAGCACAGGAUUCAGAUAGUCUUGGUGCUAGCGUGAUUUUUAUAUCCCUCAAAUGAACACAUCUGGAAUCAGUUUUACUUAGAUUUGGAAACAUUUUUUAAAAACAGCCAACAACAGUGAGUGAAGCCAAGAAGAUACGCCUGACUACAUACUGUUUGUCCUGUGGCUUUAUUGCCUAACCUUCCCUCUUUGCCUACAAAUUUAA